AAAACAAACGGUAAAAUGACGGUAAAAACUCGCGCGAGCAUUGCCAAGAAGAUUGAAAAAGAUGGUUUGGACUCUCAAUACCUGUUCAUGGAUCCAAAUGAAGUCCUGCAAGUCCAAGAGGAGAGCAAAAAAAUUCCAUACAAAAUGGAAAUAGUGUGGCGUAACGUGGCUCUCUUUGCUGCUCUGCACGUCGCCGCAGCCAUUGGACUUUACGAGCUUGUCUUCCAUGCUAAAUGGCAAACGGCCGUCUUCUCAUUUGCUCUCUAUGUGUUCUCAGGAUUCGGUAUCACAGCUGGAGCCCAUCGUCUCUGGUCUCAUAAAUCAUACAAGGCAACCACACCAAUGAGAAUCUUUUUGAUGCUCUUGAACAACAUUGCUCUUCAAAACGACAUCAUUGAAUGGGCUCGUGAUCAUCGUUGCCAUCACAAGUGGACUGAUACAGAUGCUGAUCCACAUAACACCACCCGUGGAUUCUUCUUCACUCACAUGGGAUGGCUUCUUGUGCGUAAGCAUCCACAAGUUAAGGAGCAUGGAGGCAAACUCGACCUAUCUGAUCUAUUUAGCGAUCCAGUUCUUGUAUUCCAGAGAAAGCACUAUUUCCCACUGGUCAUUUUGUUUUGUUUCAUUCUUCCAACAAUUAUCCCCGUUUAUUUCUGGAAGGAGACAGCAUUCAUUGCGUUUUACGUAGCUGGAACAUUCCGUUAUUGUUUCACACUUCACGCCACUUGGUGCAUCAACAGCGCUGCUCACUAUUUUGGUUGGAAGCCAUACGAUACUUCUGUUUCCGCCGUUGAGAACGUCUUUACCACAGUUGUAGCCGUUGGUGAAGGAGGUCACAAUUUCCACCACACAUUCCCACAAGACUACAGAGCAUCUGAAUAUUCAUUGAUAUACAAUUGGACCCGUGUUCUUAUUGAUACUGCAGCUGUUCUUGGUCUUGUCUACGAUAGAAAAACAAUUGCCGAUGAGUUUAUCAGCCGGCAGGUUGCCAAUCACGGAAGUGAAGAAUCAAGAAAAAAAUCGAUCAUGUAAAUUCAUUAUCAUUACGCGUUGGUUGUCCAUAAAAGUUUUAAUUGAAGCAAAAAAUAAUUAAUUUAUUCCUGAAUAAAUUUGGUUAAUUCUAUGU